AUGUAUACAAUAAUUUCUUUACUAACUUUCAUCUGCCCGUUUGUUAAGAUUUUCGAAUGCGAAAAGUAUUUCAAAGUGGACAAGGAGGUUUUUGUGGAUGGCGCCAGAAUCCUACCAUUGGACGAUAAAAAACUCGAUCUUUUGCUGUUCAAACUGAGACACGGCAGAGUACCGAUAAAGAUUUACAAUGCACUGAUGAAGAUUUUAAGAGAAAAUAACAUGACAUCGCAUUCGAACGCGGUGCCAUCGGCACAAGAAUCACCGAAGAUUCGACUGAUUGACCCACCAGCUACUAAACAAGAUGGCAACAAUAAGAAUAAUAAUAAUAAUAAUAAUAACAACAACAACAGCAACAAUACAAACAACAAAAAUAGUAAUAAUAAAACCAAUAGUAUAGCCAACGAAACUUCAGAGAACAACGACAAUAUGCUGCAUUGGACAGAAUUUAAGGACGUUUUUAUCGAGAAGAAUCUGACAGAUGAAUAUGUCAACAUGGACUAUGGGAAAGAAGGCGACUUCUUGGACAGCUUGUUUAGAGCAGUCCACGAUUCUAAAGUAUCUGAGAAGGCAAAUUCGAGAUCACUUAGAGAGCAGAAAUUGAGAUAUAGUAUGUUGAAACAACGUCAGCAACAACAUCUGCAACAACAACAACUGCAACUGUUGCAACAACAACUGCAACAACAACAACAAUAUCACAACAGAUGGUUCAUAGAAGAGGAUUUCUUACGACCUCACCCCACACCGACAGCCCCUACAGAAUUAUUACUAUCACCACCAUUAUCGCCACCAUCGUCAUCAUCACCAUUACUGGAAAUGAUGAAGAAUGACAGUGCGAAAACUGGUGAUGUCCAAGAUGAUGAUGAAGAUGAUGAUGACGACAUGUCAGAUGAGGAUGAAUAUUAUUAUGACCCCAGAGAACUCCUAGGCCCCAUCGGGAAACCCCCACCACUCCUUCUAUCAUCAUCAUCAUCAUCAUCAUUAUCAUCAUCGGUUAAUGGUGAUGGUAAGGAGAAAAUGAUGAUGACGAUGAUGAAAAUGAAGAAGAAGAAAAGAAUUAAGAAUAUAAGACGGCUGCCUUCAAAUGAUCACCAACUGGUAGACGAAGACAUUCUGAAAGAGCAGGAACGACUGGACAACGAAACGCUAGCCUUCAUGCUCAAAAUGAAAAAGAUCGAACUGGAAGAGAAUCAACAGCAGCUGCAGCAGCAACAGCAACCACAGCAGCUACAGCGGCCACAUCAGCCACAACUACAACUAGCGUUAAUAAAAGACACGAAGCAGUUUUUCAACCGCGGAUUAUCAUACGCAGCCAUUAUCGUGCUUCUGGCGUUUUUAGCGACGAACAUCCUGGCCAUAGUGCUGGCGAACUUUGUCAGCAAGAAGGAGAACACGGGUAAUUACAUUAAAUACAUCUGCACUUUUGCAACUUUUGCUUUGAUUCUCUAUUUCAUUUAUGAGAUGUUUACAUUGAAAUGAUGAUUCUGAUGAUGAUAAUGACUGACGAUGAUUGGAUGAUGAUGAUGGGAUGAUGAUGAUGAUAAUUGGAUGAUGAUGAUGAUUGGAUGAUGAUGUUGGUAAGUACAUGAUGAUGACGAUAAAGGCGAUGAUGAUGAUGAUGAUGACGACGACGAUGAAGAUGACGACGAUGAUGAUGACGAAAAAAUAGAAUGUUAUCUAAAACACUUUAUUGGAAUAAAAAUUUGAAGUGUUGAAAAAAAAAUUAUCAUUAAAAAAUGGUGAAAUUUGAAAA